CGCCGGAUGUGGCGUCACGUCGGCGCGCGGACACGGCGGGGGAAGAUGGCGGCGCCGGGGGAACCGGGGGAGGCGGCGUUCGCGCGGCGCAUCGACCCGUCCCGGGAGCCGGGGCUCAGCCCCGAGCAGCGCCGCCUCAUGGCGCAGGUGGAAUACGCCCAGCGCCAGCGCGCUCUGCAGCGCCGGCUCCGCAGCCGCAACGUGCUGCUGGCGCUCGGUAUCGGCGCAGUGACAUUUGGCAUCUACGGUUACACCUUCUACUCGGUGUCGCAGGAGCGGUUCCUGGAUGAGCUGGAGCAGGAGGCGGAGGCGGCGCGGGCCCGGGCCCGGGCGCGAGCUGAGGGCGCCGCAAGCUGAGCCGGGAGCGCCCGGCCCGGCCCGGCCCGUGACUGAGUUGCCGCCCUCGCCAGACAGGACGGGCCUCGAGGCAGAUGCGGCUGAGGGGUUCGGGUCUGCCCCGUGCUCUGCUUUGGCCAGGAGAAGGCCCCGGGGGCUGCCCGCAGGCAGGGCCCCCCGCGGGCAGACCCCGUCCCGGGUCCUUUACCGGGACCGUGCCCAUGGGAAGGCCGGGGGCAUCCAAGUUCCACCACUCCCCACAAUAAACUCUCUCACUGGAGACCGC